CUCGAAAAAAUCAAACCAAUAAAUUUCCUCUUACAUUACCCACCAAAUUCCAGCACACGCAGAAAAACAACAACAAGAAGCUCAGCUUAACAAACAAAAAAUCUGCUACCAUUAAUGGAUUCCAUUCGUCUUUGAUCUCAUCAUCAUCACUAUUACCAGGUCCAUACAGAGUGAGAGAGUGUGUUUUUGUGUGUACCUUGGUGGGGCUGGGGGCCUUAAUUGUCGGGGUGAACGGAGAAUUCUAAUAGUUGGUGUACCAUCUAUGGUUGUUGGCUAGCUCAAGAACUAGUUUUUGAUAGUCCACAGAGAGUGAAAUAGAGAGAGAGAGGGGAUGUCGUCGUCAUCGUCAACAAAGAAGAUGGUGAAUAACGGUAGCAACGAAGGCUCUGAUAGAGAAGGAUCAUCAUCGCCGUCGUCGUCAUCGUCAUCCGAGCAAGAGAAGGCUGCAGAAAAGUUUGAGUAUUCUGGCUGGGUAUACCAUCUUGGUGUUAACACAAUCGGUCAAGACUACUGCCAUCUUCGUUUUCUUUUCGUUAAGGGAAAAUAUGUGGAGAUGUAUAAGCGAGAUCCUCAUGAGAAUCCCGGCAUUAAACCCAUUAGAAAAGGCGCCGUUGGAUACACUCUUAUGGUGGAGGAAUUAGGUCGUAGGAAGGUCAAUAAUGGGGAGCUCUAUGUUUUACGGCUUUCCAAUCGAUUAGACGAGAGCAGAAAAGGAGAAAUUGCUUGUGCUACAGCUGGUGAAGCUACAAAAUGGAUGGAAGCAUUUGAUCAUGCUAAGCAACGGGCUGAGUAUGAGCUGGCAAAAGGAGGUAGUUGUAUGCAGAGAAAGCUUAAAAACAUGGAGAAUAACGAGCUCAAUUUUGAGGGACAUCGACCAAGAAUGAGAAGGUAUGCGCAUGGGUUAAGAAAACUUGUAAGAAUCGGAAAAGGUCCUGAGGCACUUCUACGCCAGACCUCAAAUCUAGGAGAUGAGCAUGUCAAGUCAGAUGGGUUUUUUAAAGGGGAUGUUGGUGAUGCUGUUGAGGCCCAUCAGUGGAAAUGUGUUCACACGGUCAAUGGUGUUAGAAUUUUUGAGGAUGUCGCUGAUGGAAAGAAACGGAAAGAGGAUGUUCUUGUUAAAUCUGUUGGUGUUGUGGAUGCAAACAUGGAUACAGUCUUUGAAAUGGUUCUUAGCCUUGAUCGAAGAAAGAGAUAUGAGUGGGAUAUGAUGACCAGUGACCUAGAACUGGUUGAUUCGUUGAAUGGCCACAAUGAUGUUGUCUAUGGGACAUAUGACCCGAAAUACCUCACUCGGUGGCAAUCCAAAAGGGAUUUUGUUUUCUCAAGGCAGUGGUUCCGAGGGCAGGAUGAUGGAGCAUAUACCAUUUUACAAUUUCCUGCCAUCCACAAAAAGAAACCUCCAAGAUCUAGCUAUCGGAGAACUAACAUUACUCCAUCAACGUGGGAAAUUAAAGCGCUUGACCCUGCAUCACCUUCCGAUGCUCCAAGAUGUCUCGUGACUCUAAUGUUGGAGAUAAGCUCUAGUGGUUGGCGGAAAUGGAAAAAAUAUCAGCAUUCAACAUUUGAGAAGACCAUUCCGUACGCAUUACUGUGCCAAGUGGCAGGACUUAGAGAAUACUUUGAAGCCAAUCCAUCUCCAACAUAUGCAAGUUCUACAACUACUGUCCAAUCAGAAUCAUCUGCUUCUUCAGGUUCUUAUUCUGAAUUUCUAGACGGUGAUGAAAGUGAUCAGUUUUAUGAUGCCAUUGCUGCUGAUGAGACGUCCUCAUCUGAUGAUGAGGAUAGUGACGAUGAUGUAGAGGUCCUCAAGAAGAAUGAUGGAAAGGUAAAGCUGAAGAAUGUUUCAUGGGCGAUUGCAAGGUUAGCUUUGAAGCGGAAUACAGCUCCGAGUUCAGAGAAGGAACUUGAUGCCAGCAUUUCUCCUGUCAGUGUUAAUGCAAUUCAGGUUCAUGGAUCUCUGCGUGUAGGGAAAGACGAUACAGAUGCAGAUUGUUGGACUUCUCCUGACGGCCAAGGAUUUAUGAUAAGAGGGCAGACUUACUUGAAAGAUUCUUCUAAGAUAACGGGGGGGAUUCCUCUUUUGAAGCUAUUAGCGGUUGAUUGGUUCAAGUCUGAUGCUAAGAUUGAUAGGAUUGCAGCGCAUCCUAGAUGUCUAGUUCAGUCAGAAGCUGCAAAGAAACUCCCGUUUAUCCUUGUCAUUAAUCUCCAGGUUCCAGCUAAACCAAACUACAGCUUAGUCAUGUACUAUGCUGCUGACAGGCCGAUAAAACAGGAUUCUUUGCUAGGAAAAUUCGUUGAUGGCAGUGACACAUUUCGUGAUUCAAGAUUUAAACUAAUUCCAAGUAUUAAGGAGGGAUACUGGAUGGUCAAGCGAGCCGUUGGGACAAAAGCUUGCUUGCUGGGGAAAGCAGUGACGUGUAGAUACCUUAGACAAGAUAAUUUUCUUGAGAUCGAUGUGGAUAUUGGCUCGUCAUCAGUUGCAAGAAGUAUAAUCAACUUAGUUCUUGGAUAUGUUACCAGCCUUGUUGUUGAUCUCGCAAUUUUAGUUGAGGCCAAAGAAGAAAAUGAACUGCCUGAAUAUAUUCUUGGAACAGUACGGCUAAACCGCUUGAAGCCAGAAUCUGCUGUUGAUUUUGAAGCUUCCUGAUUCUGAAGCUGAGGAAGUUCACUCGCUCUCUCUCUCUAUUUCUCUGUCAUGAUAUGCUAUUUAUCUGUAGUAGUUAAGUCACUGUGUUUUACAAAUUUUACAAAACUGCUGUUAGGGUUUUUCUAUCAAAUAUAUUUAUAGGUAUAGUGCAAUCUGUUCUGUUUCAUCCCACCAAUUUAGAUGUGUGAAAUUUCGUUAAAAUCUGCAUAAGAAAUGCUGUGGCAAUCUCCAUAAAGGUAUAUAUUAUUACA